AUGACCGAGACAGCACCCGCCGAAACGGCUCCUCCAGCCGCACCCGCCGCCGCAAAGAAGACUCCCAAGAAGAAGGCGGCUGUCCGGAGUAAACCAACCGGUCCCUCGCUGGGCGAACAGAUCGAUAAGAUCGUGGCGGGUUGUCACGAUAGGAAGGGUAUGUCCGGUGCGGCCAUCAUGAAGGCCCUGGCCGACAGCGGUGUCGAUGUGGCGAAACGUCGCCCCCAGAUCAAGAUGAGCAUCAAGAGGAAAGUGGAAAGCGGCUCUUUGGUUCAGAUGAAGGGUUCUGGUCUUUCGGGAUCCUUUAAAUCCGGUAAAGGGAAAAGUGCCGUGAAGGUGGUGAAGAAAGCGAAGAAACCAUCGGCAAAGAAAUCUCCCAGCAAGAAGCUUGGCGCCAAGAAACCAGCGGCUAAAAAAAUGGGAGCUAAGAAACCAGCGGCGAAGAAACACGCAUCUAAGAAACCAGCGGCUAUGAAAGCGGGAGGUAAGAAACCCGCGGCUAAGAAAGCGGCGCCGAAGCCCAAGAGCCCCAAGAAAGCCGCAGCCACGAAGACGAAGGCGGCCAAGAAGCCGAAGUCGAAAUCCGCGAAACCCAAGAAGACAGCAGUCAAAAAGUGA